AUGGUCCUCUUUCCCAACGAGAUCUGGCUUGAGGUCGUCAGUUACCUCAACCUUCCGGCGGAUGUGUGUCCACGUGAGCAUGAGAAAGUCGACAAACACGAUAGACUCAUACAGCAGACCGUUGUCAGUCCAUGUCUUGUGUCCAAACAACUUCGCGCCAUCUUCCAGCCACGGCUAUAUCGCAGCUUCGUCAGAUACAGCAGACCUUGCGCUCAACACCGACUUCUGACAACCGACUCUGAGUGGCUACACAAGUACUAUCAACGCGAUCAACGCACCUUUCGGAUCAUCCGAAAGGAAUCAAGGCUCGAGAACUUCAUCCUUACCUUGAUCCGUCGUCCUGACCUCGCCGCCAUGAUCAAACAUUCACGCAUUGGCUCGUUCAAUCAGACCAAUGAUCUUCCAACAUGCUUCCGAAAGCUUUACGACAAACUACCCUUGGAGGAAACAACUUCUGGUGCAUUCCUGGCUGCACUCAAGGCCUUCGAGGGUUCCGAGCGUCUGUUUCCCGUUCNNAGGGGCGCGUGGAAGAAAGGCCUUGAGGAUGGUAGCGAAUCGGCAGAAAUUGCACUUCUACUGACUCUGCUACCAAGUCUGCGAUCAGCACGUUUCGAAACAGAAAAUCUGGGUGAUUUUGUGCAAGCGCUAUGCAAUGUCAAUCUCGAACCAGAUUCCAGCUCUUAG